ACCGUACAAGCCGGUGCGCGUGAGUUCAAGAUGGCGGCUUCCAUGAGUCGGAGAAUGAGACACCUAUUAUAUUUCAUUCAAAAAAACAACGUUAAAAACAGAUCAUUCUGUACCCAAAAGGCGUCCGAAGUGAAGGGCCUCCAUGGAGGGCGUGUGUUCUCAGGAAUCCAGCCCACAGGGAUUCCUCACCUAGGAAACUACCUUGGUGCUCUGGAGUGCUGGGUGGCCAUGCAGAACGAGUACAGCUCCGUGUUGUACAGCAUCGUUGAUCUGCACUCCAUCACUCAGCCUCAGAACCCAGAGUUACUACAGAACAACAUCCUGGACAUGGCGGCCAGCCUGCUGGCCUGUGGCAUUGACCCCACACGCUCCAUCCUUUUCCAGCAGUCUGUGGUUUCGGAGCAUGCUGAGCUCUCCUGGAUCCUGGGCUGUCUGACCAGCAUGCCUCGUUUACGUCACCUCCCUCAGUGGAAGAUGAAGAGUAAGCAGAAGAGUGAAGGAAGUGUGGGUCUGUAUACCUACCCAGUGUUGCAGGCUGCAGACAUAUUGCUAUAUAAAUCCACACAUGUACCAGUAGGAGAGGAUCAGAUCCAGCACUUAGAAUUAGCCCAGGACCUAGCCCGUAUCUUUAACAACAGUUUUGGAGAGAUUUUUCCUGAACCUCAAGCGCUGCUUAGUUCUACACGGAAGGUGAAAUCUUUAAGAGAUCCCUCCUCUAAGAUGUCUAAGUCAGAUCCACAGAAGUUAGCCACCAUAUUCCUUACCGACACUCCUGACGACAUAGUAUUUAAAAUCCGUCGAGCUGUAACUGAUUUCACAUCCGAGGUGACCUUUGACCCCGUGGGCCGGCCAGGUGUAGCCAACCUGGUGUCCAUCCACGCGGCUGUCUCAGGCGAGACUGUGGAGGAUGUGGUUAAGUCAGCCAAAGGGCUAGACACUGGCAAGUACAAGACUGUUGUGGCAGAAGCUGUGGUGCAGAGACUGGAGCCGAUCAGACAGGAGAUCCAAAGACUAAAGGCUGACCGAAGCCACUUGGAGAGUGUGUUAAUUAAGGGAGCAGAGAAAGCCCGCAAUCUGGCAACCCCAGUGAUGCAGGAGGUCAGGAAGCGUGUGGGCUUUUCCUAAUCUCCCAUUUGUCAGCUGACAUAAUUUGAUGCAUGUGGAUAAAGGGAUAUAGAGUGAACAAUGUUUUAUACUGUAGGGGGUAAAUUUCUAGAAUGUUUGAGUGUUUUUACAUUUAUAAUUUGAAAUUUUAUGUUCGUCUGAUUUUUCUAUUUAUUUCAGGGCAUGUCUCAUGCCUCAUAUCACACCAAAAGAAAUAAAAGUUUAUUUAAAAAAACGUUAUGUUAGUCCACACUACGUAUAUCUGAAAGUAAAUCUUUUUAAGACCAGGUGAAUGGAAUGACAUGGCCAGAACUGUGUUAAGGACAAUAAUUUAAUCCUGUCUGCUUUCUUGGCAGGU